AUGGGGUCUCAUGACUUUGGUGAAGCCGAUUGUUGGGGGCCUGCACUUGUUAACGAUGUGCAAAUUCAGGUUAAAGUGAAAGUUCCGGUUUUUGUAGAUAUUCCAAAACCCUUACAGCAAAUUCGUCUUGGUAAAAAUGAAUAUGAGGUUAGUAUGUUUUACUCUAUACUGAGUUUGCGGUCAUUCCAUCUAUUUUAUGGAACUCAUUGUAUCACAAAGCAUAAACCUACUUUACAGCAAACCGGUUUUAUCCAUUUCGUCAACGCGCGAAAUUGCGUAAUUGCAAUCUGACUCAUGACCGCACGUAUGACCUGUUGUCCAAGUUCGCACAGUCAUUAAGUUCAGGGCGUUUGUUGUUCACUGCGUUCUCAAACCUUACUUUUACCAUGUGCGGACAUUCAACCAUCACAGCAGCUUUGACUGGAAUAGACGGCAGUAUUCCUUUAUGGCUACUGCUCUUCAGUGCCGUCAUCGAGCUCUUGCAACCAUCGCAGCUAGGAGCGUCUGCCUCCCCACUGAGGCGUUUCCAAGGGAAAAUGUUUUCUGUAAUACAGGGAGCACCGCUGUCCGUAAGUCAGUAACGGGUCCCACCUGCAAAGCGCGUCGUGAGUGGUUGAAUCGCAUUCAUAAAUGUGCACGUUCCAGUGGGCUGCUAGGCUCAUCAGCCCUCUGACAGAAUGUCAAACAGCCAUUUUGAUGCGCUCGCGGUUUGUUUCUCUUCAUCAACGUCAUGCCUAAGGGUGUAGACAGCAAUCAUAGAUGUGUUAGCGAUUUCAUUUUUUGGCUGAGGGCAGAUCGUGUUGAGAAGACAGGCUCGCACAUAGUCUGUACCACUUGUCCUUCGGUGCAUGAACCACGCUUUGGCACUGUGAUGGAGGUGACACAAGAUGCCAGGUUCCCGUAGGCUAGGCGCCCACAUGAUUCCAGAACUGGGUCCCAAGCGUGCAUGCGAUAUCAACCCCAUUGUAUGGAAGCGUACGUCUGGUCGUUUUUGUAGGUCCAUUGUUUUCGAAAUCAUAUUCUUAGCAGGCAACGAAAAUUAACUGUCGUCUGAGGACACUCGCUCGUAGCCUUUACACCUCGCCUACUAUCACAGGUUCGGGCGGCCUAGUACGCUUUUUCACAUGUUAUGGACUUCAGCGGCAAGUCGAGACGGCUUUAUCCAGCCAAUGCCUUGGGUUCUCCGAGUUCUAAUGGUAAAAACCUCAACCGGAAAGGAGACGCCAGUGGACUUGCUCUAGCUUAAAAUACGAAGCCGAUGUACUGUUUGUUCUGGUUGUACUAGCUGUCAGAUUUUGUUUUUGCAUUCGACCUUACUGAAGCCACUAUUCCAUAACCCGAAAACUGCCAUUAGUUUCACAUGGUUUUGCUAAACGGAUUUGUGCUAAAUAUAUGAGUCCGUAUACUAUUACCUCCUUUAGUAUGAUUUUGCCCUGGAACGUCGCACUAUCGAGGCAUACACCAAAGCGGUUGCGGAGGAAAAGCUACAAGCUUCCACAGGUGCGGCUGCGGUGUCGGCGACGGCAGCAGCAGGCGCUUUGAAGUUCAGUAAUGUAAAACGCUUCACACCAAACAAAACAGAACCUCUUCAACCACAGCGGACUGAUCCCUCCCCAGCCGCUGCCGAGGAGGGGGCUUUGGGGUCGGGGAUCCCUACUUCCCUAGUAGAACCCACCGCACGCGGGGGCACGCCGACGGCCGGCCGUGUCGUGGUCGCACCCGCCGUGGUGAAGGACUUUGACGUGCCUGUGGAUGACCCGUUUGAUGUAGCCGAACUUAACACAAUCAACGACUUAGAAGAGCUGCGCGAUGUACUGACCACUUUGGAGACGCCAACAAAUGUUAUCAGCACGGAGUUAGGUAAUGCACAAGAGAACGGUCGGCAUGAAGAUGGCACAGCUGCCGAAGUAGACUCUUUGCCAGUUGGACAGCCGCAACAGUGCCAGAACGCGCUCACCUCUCUCCUGAUGAAGUAUCAUUUACAUAAUUCACGUUCUUUGCCCGGCAGCGCUGAGCGUUCCCUGGAUCAAACGACCAAGUGCAAAUUUGGCAGUUUAAAAGACAUCACAUUUCCACAGAUCUGCCCUGAUCAAGACUCAAAUCUAUUGGAUCCGAAAAGGUCUAUCGAUCCUCCAGCAUACAAUCAGGCCGCAUCUUCUGCACCGAGUUCCCGGACUGACCUACGUUCUGUUGAUGAACCCGUUAAAGCGGACCAGACCAUCCAGGCUUUGCCAAGCCCACAGCUUGCUGGGAGAUCCGAAGACUUAAUUAAUAAAUCCAGUAGUUCCUUCGCGGAGAACUUUUAUUCUCCCGAGAAAACCGUAAGUCUGCGUUUUUUGUGGUUAGUGGGUGUUAUUCUGCUCAACUCUUGGUACUGCCUCUGUCCUGUUUUCCAUGCUGUUUGGAAUCCUUCGGAUUUUUCUCUCGGCUACAUAUACCUGUUUGGCAACAUCAGAUUUCGCAUCGUGCCGCACAGAUGGUUAAAAAAACCCUAACUUCUUCUAUUAUGGGUGUUAAGUGCCUUAGGCACCCAGGUAUCAAUACUGAUAACUCGCAUGGAUUCUUUGCAUUUUUACGAAUUCGAAGCUUGUCCGCUUUUUAUUCAUAUGCCAGUCUUGGUUUUUAGUCUGCAUUUGCCCUUGGGAAUUCUGCGGAGUUCGUGGAAACGUAAGAUAGGAAGUCGUGUUAGUUUGUCUAUCUCAAUGCGAGGUACACAUUUGUUUCUGGCUUUUUAUGCACCCACUGCGCCUGUUUCUAUAUUUUUUCGAUCAGGACCAGUUUUCCUUCUCACAUGGCGGGGUUUUUGCCCCCAAACACCGUACCCUAACAUUAUUAGGGGUUACAUUCGUCUCUUUCAGUGGAAUUUUCGUGUUCUUCAGACAUCAGAGAGAAAUGUAGUGAUUACAUUAUUUCCGUGUCCGUUGUCCUUUUGAUGUCCAACCAAUUACCCUCUCCUCUUGACCGAUCUUUACGCAGACCACACACGUUAUAGCUACAUCAUCUAUAAGCAAUGCAAGCACAGUGGAGGCUGUUAUGCCAUGGGCUUUUGAAGACACCUAUUUCCGAGCUGUCGUGAAGGACUCGCUUCAGGAGUACGCCGCAACGUUUGCGGUCAGUCAAGCUUCUCCCACCCCAGUAAGUUGACGCUGCUAAGGAAGGCCUCGACGGCGGCCGCGUUAGUCAGCUCCGACUGCCACAUGGCCUCAUGGCCUCUUCGAGAUGGAUAAAUUUAAAGUUCUGUCCACGUUCUGACAUCAGUUUCGGUAAAAAGUUUGAUCGGCAUAUGCAUGGGCGAGAAACAUUUACUAGCGCGAAUCGGACUGAACUGUUCUGCAUGUCUCGCAGUUCGCCAUCUGAGAUUAAUGAUUACUAAACCUAGUCAGGUAAUAGAUUGGUCUACUGAGCACUUUCACAGGAUCUGUGUCGGCACGUUUAACGGUGGUGACAAACAAUCCCGCAACCGCGUUCUUGUAAAGUUCUUGUCGGCGCACGUCCAGUGUUCUUUUGCUCAACCAAAAGCUGUCCGUUAGUCGAGCAGUUGGCUACCCGGCACGUCCACGGGUGGCAGAUAGUUAAAUGGUUUUCUGCGAAGCUUACUUGCGAAAUAAGCAGGUUCUGGGGUGUGCCGAAUAAGUAGUCGCGCAUCAACAGCGACAAUGCUACCAAGCUGCGAAUGUGAAGUCCGGUACUCCGACUGCCAUAUAAAACACCGCUAAGCCCGAUGAGGGCAUGGUAACAUGGAGACCAUGAACCUCCAUUAAAUAAGUUUGCUUGUCACCUAUGCCUUGUGGUUAGGAUCUGGAGCCACAGCGCUAAAUGAGACAAUCUUCUAGAGGCUUUUGAGGAUUCUCCUAUACCCAAAAUCCCCGAUAAACCUUAAUAAAAUGUCCGACUCCAGCAUUGCGAUCCAUGUUACGGCGUCCAUGGGAACCGGCGAACUCCGCAACCCGGUUCAGUGGCGUGCGAAUAGUUUUUCAGCCGAACUAAUUAGUCGGGGACGGACACCUAGUAUUAGAUGCUGGAAUGUUCGAAUGUUCCCGGACCCUCUUACCUAAUGUCUAAUAACACAUAGUCUUCAUGAGCACAGUGCGGAUGUCUGCUGCUAGUCCAGCGUUUGGACAUCCGACCCAGACAUCCAGGAAAACAAAUCGACUACUUCCUAGUCGAUUCUAGGUUCAACAGCUAGGUUAACAAUAAUACAUCGAUGCGUGGUGCCAAAACUAAUAAGGCUCAUGGGCCGGACCAUGUUCUCAUUCAGACACGCCCGAAAGUUCGCUUCUCAUCGACACCAAAAUUGUCAUGCACAGGACGCCUUCAUAUUGCAAAACUAAGCAAACCAAUACAGUCGAGUCUCUAAGCAUAGAAAUCUGGUUUUGUUUUACGACCCAAGUCAAAGGAGAGAGUAGUAGCCUAUAGUCAUAAUUGAAGCCAGCUGUCUAUGGAGCAGUUGGGAAGAUUUUUGGAUUCACCCAGCGGCUCCCCAGUGACAGCAUCAGCGGAAAAGCGUAGUUUUCUGCCAGACGGCUUGAUCCAAAUCCCGCCAACUCCAGAAGAUGACGGUAUAGUCGGUUUGAGAUGACCGCAAGAAAUAUCGGACUUAAGCGCUUGUGACGCUCGAACAUUCUGACGAAUUACUCGUCCACUCAUGGGUACGUCCUCUGCAUUGGCUGCUUGUGGUGUGAAUACUGGCUUUAUUUCUGACAAAUCGACCAGGGUUAGUCACUAGUGCGAGCACUUCUAACACCUUAACCUCGCUGAUCAGCCUAUCACGCUAUCGUUCUCCUCUGUAGCAGAAUUUUAUCGCCCUUCAACCUAUGCAGUGUAAUGCGACGUUCCCCUUUGGGUGAGAAGUCGCCGAUGGAAUACGGGAACCUCAUAACAACAAGGCGCUCGAGGAAGAUGCUAUUUUCUCUUAGACCUACAAGUCCUGUGUCGAGACGGAUGAAAAUCAGGGAGAGGUCGUUCCUAAUGUCUACUACUCGGGCAUCCUUGUGGAUGUCUUCAGGAAGGAAGAUAAGACAAAGUACAACCACCACGGUACAAGCCUAGUCUACCUUGCCACGAAUACCUUCACGGCCGUCAACCUCAGGCGAUUCCGGAGUCUACGUGACUCGAGGACAAAACUCAACCAGGCCGCGUUCCGAGCUGGACGUGGAUGCGUGUUCCAGAUAUUCAAACUUUGACACAUCUAAAUUUCUCCAUGAUUAAGAGUGACCAACAGCCGCCCGCUUUGUCGAUUUCGCCGCUGCAACCGAUUCCACCCAUCGUGGGUUCAUGUGACGGAUAACAGGACUAGACGUAAUGCCGGCAAAAAUCACCAUGUCCAGGAUUUCUAUCCCUCAAUCACUGUGCGAGUUCUCGUCCUUAAAAGUCUCCCAACCUUUCGAUAUUUGAUCUGGCGUUCUACAGGAUUCUAUCCUGUCGCCCACUCUGUUCAUCUGCACCAUGGACUAGAUUCUCGGAAGGGCUGUACACGGUGUUGGCGGUAUUGUGUUUGCACUUGAGGCCUUCUAACUGAUCUUGACCACGCAGGUGAUGUGGUGCUGCUAACGUCGAGCUUUCAUGAUCUACAAUCUGUGGUGUCACGGCCGAAUGGAAUCGGUAAGUCAGUUGGUUCAUCGAUUAACGCUUGGAAGACCAUAGUGUUCUCGAGUUGCAUCCAUGACCUGGUAGAGACAACCCUCGGAAUUAAUCACCGUCAACUUAAAGAAGUAGAUAGUUUCAAAUAUCUCAGAGCGUGGCUGCCACCGAGUGGGCAGCGUAAGGACGAAAUCGUCUCUCGAUUCGGUGUUUGCAGGGUUUUCCCAGUCCUUAGAAAAUUUCCGUGGACCCGACACGGCAUUGUUGCUACAAUUAUCUGCAUGUACGGGCAUCCGUCCGCUCAGUCCUCGUAUGCGGUUGUGAAUACUGGGCUGUAUGUAUGGAAGAUGAGCAAAGGUUGAGGUUUUGACCACAGCAGCCUGAAAACCAUCCUUUGAAUGAGGUUCAUCGAUAUUGCCUCCGAUGAGACAGAUCACUGUCACAGAAUUGUAGGUUUAUGGCAGACUGCCCAGGAUAGACGACUGAGGUGGUUUGGUCACGUCCGUCAUCCACCUCAUGAGCUCAGUGCUGCUGCCGGCGCCGUUACAAACCUGCAGGCGUCGAGGAAGAGGUCGCCUCCAAACCUGGCCUCACAGAGUUCGUCAAGACGUGGUUCUUGGGCAUUUCGUAUUCCGUCUCAGUCUUUAGAGGGGAGAGAAUAUGUUGAACACUUCAGAUUAACUGCCGCAGAUCGUCACGCGUGGAGAGGUACAAUCCGUGAUACAAUCGAGACCGUCUAGAUUAGGUAUGAUUUCACGUAUGCCAAGUAGAAGUACGAACACAGUAUCUUAAAGUAAAGAAAUCCAUCGAUUGUCGUAGUCUUCCAUACAUUCGGACUUGAAGUUCGUCCCUUUUCCCAUAGCCAAUCGUGCACAUUUUCUAGCUUAUUCCACGGUACAUGUAGUAACCAAGGUGUUCACUAACGACUAGAUUGAAGUAGACUAUCCUAAAUUGACCAUGACUGCCUGUGUUGGUAUUUAAUGAUGUUCUACUUGUAAGUAUGCUGGAUAGCACGCGUGGUGCCAAGUAGUUUGAUACCUUUUCAACCUAUUCUUAGAUUUACCUAUUGAACGCUUUUCUUUGUUAUGGUAGUCAGCGUUAUCUAAAAAAUACUUUUCCGUUGAAAAUGUUUUUGGGAUAAUCAUUCACGGGGUCAACAGGUCGUUAGUUUUCAACGCAUAUUUUAAACCAGUUUGUCAGUGUCUGAGAGAUUUACUUGCUCGUCCUCGGGAAAGCGUUCUCCGAGACUUAAUGGGGUAUUUGGUGACUGCGUUUAGUGAGCCUUGCUCCAGAUGUGGUUUAACAUCCCAGUAAUCAUUGCAGACUUAACUUUCUGGUUGAGUUAAAUAGAUGGAAAUUCGGCACGGGAAUAUAGAUCAAAAGAAAUUGACUUCAGUACACGCCAACACUGGGCAGAAACCAACUGAACUAGUGAAAUUUGUCUUAACGCAGAGAGGAGUACUUACGUGGGCUUACGGUACCACUCCACAUUAAUUUAUAAACCCUGGCAUGCAGUAUUCCCAGAUACAUAGUGAAUUUUGCCUAAUUGGGUUUCUCGGCAAUUGGGACAGUCGUCUAUUUGGGGAGACUGCUGAAAAGUGAAAGCAUGCCCCGUGAUGCACUCUGCCUACUCCACCUAAUUUGGCCAGUACUGAGAAGUUAGCCUGUGUUUAAGACCAGUAAUAAAUUUGAUACCAGGAGAUGUUUCUUUUUUUCCAAAAUGGAAACGGACGGAAAACAUACACUGCUUAUGCAAAUGCCGUAAUAGGAGUUCGUGGAUGGGCUGGGAAAACGAGUGACUGUUCGAGAGUUUUGGAUCCUCCUCGGCAAUUUUCAAGCUGUUGCCAACAGCAAGUCGUCACUCGGAGUGUUUAUUUCCUACGCAGUAUUUUGGUACGAAUAAGGUCCACACAGGUAGCUGGUAAGACUUCCUAGUGUCUUUACUGCCUGCACCUUGUGUAAUUAAUUUCAAGCUCUAAUCCAUGCCAUUUGGUUUAACGCGCCUACUUGAGUAGUGCAUUAUACCUGAAGACGUACUUAGUUAGUCACCAGUCUUUCGCUGAGAUGAUAUAUAAAGUAUUCAUCCGUUAUUGAGAUCGAGAAAUGCUGCUGACAAGAACAAUAGACCAUAGAAUUGCCAGUUCCGGCUUAUUUGUUAUUAUUGGUCAGCCACAUCCAAACCCUCGACCGGGAGGGCUUUAUAUCUGACCCUGGGUCGGUUGGUCCUGGAGCAUUUGAGUCAAUCUCUAUCAGUUGGACCAGAAACGUACGUCUAACUGACUGCCAACAUAAAUGUUCGGUCGCAGAAAGGGCGUUCAUGGAUGUAUACCAGAUUGCAGGGUGAUGUAUGACGGUGAUGUUUUUCUUCGGAGCCCCAGUGAAGUCAUCACAGGCAAUUGUAGAGUGAUGAGAAAAUGUUACUGACAGAGGCACUGGGGACUACUGCGGCCAUUUCUGGCCUUUUUACCGUUAUCGAUCAGGAGUGUUUGCAACGGAAUCUCUUAACAAAAUGGGGGCGCAUUUUUCUGCCCUGAAAUUAAGUACGCAGAGUCGCUAUUUACAUGGUCUCCAGUAUCGAAAAAGAGUUGCAUACUAGUUUAUUUCUGAAUAUAACAAAUCUCAUUUGUGAAAUUGUUGAUUUCGAUGAUUUCUUUAAAAGGAAACUUGGUUUUCAGCGUGUAGUUAUUUUAAGAGCAUUUCGAAAUAACUAUUUAUGUUAUGAAGCGACAGGACGAGGCUAACGAGCGGUCGCAAAAUUUUAUAGUACCAUUAAAUCCUGUCCUGCUUUAAUCAUCUUCCCCAUGUGUAUUAAGACAUCACUGCGAUUGACGGGAUUCCCCUUUCCCCAUUAUCACAACUGCCACAAGUCACUUCACACGUUUUUUAGUUUGACAUCAACAACUCUUUCUAGUAAUCUAUCUCCUUAAAUCCCCCAAGGUGCUUGCCCAAAGUACUAAACGUCCCCAACCUCGCUAUGCAAAGGCGGUUACCUGUGCGAGUGACGUAAGUGCCAAGUAACAUUCCGCUGCGUAGGUAGGCCUGACUGGAGACUUUUGAUUAUGAUCGAGGCUUUAUAGUUAGCCAGUUCUAAAUCUCAGCGUUGCCGGCACGUUUCUAGAAAAACAGCUGCAUUCCCAACUGUACUCGUUGUCUUUCUUAGCCGGUGAAGCCAAAUGGAAAUACGAAUAAGUGCAGCACAACAAGGCGCCUCCAUGGCCGGUCUUGUGAGAUUGACGCCUGACUCUGCAACGAAGCCUCAACGCGUUCCGUGCAGUACUGGCCAGUAUUUCAUUGCAUUCAGAGAAUACUUUGAUAUAAUUUGAUAAUCCGAUGAGACCAACGCUACUUUACGUUCUUCUUUGCUGGGUCAAAUACAGCUCCAUCAUCCACCGCUGUUCCACCACCCCCAUGGAAACCGACAGAAAAGACUUCAAAUGAAUAGAAAACGGCCGACAUCAGGCCUUUGCUGAGCGUGUUGUAAUUCUCGUUUUUGUGAUUAUGACGACUUGAACCCAUUGUCCGCGGCAUAUUCGUGAUCCAGUCCUUGCUGCAUUUUCGAGACGCACGCCCCUCAUUGACCACCACACAAGAGUAUUCAGUAGAUUUUCAGGUAGUGGGACCAAUAGAUCAGUUUGAGAUCGAUCAAGAGCGAAAUUUGAUUUGUCUAAUUUAUUCCCUUCCGGAUUCACCUGUUCGGUUUUGGCAGUUUCAACAACAUUAACUUGAGAAUAUGUCAUCUGUUCCCUUUACUUCGAGACGAGCACUUUAUUUUCUGAUCCAGCGAAAGUCAAACAUCAGGUCCAUGCUAGAGCGCUUAUGUGAACUGGAUUGUGGCGCAAAAGGCCUAUAGACUUCAAGUAGAUAAUCGGUCAGCAUAUAUGUUGGUUAAUUUAAAAGUACGCCUCUUAGGUUGCUGUUCAUUUUGCACAUAAUUUAGAUCUGGGUUAGAACAUGCUUGUAGGUGCUUUCUGCGUCUCUGCAUCCGAAAUAUAACCAAAUGUGACCUAGCCUUAAUAUAGUUGAUGAAGCAAAUGCAACCAACUCGCAGUCUGAUAAGUAGUAUGCUCAACAACCUAACUUAUCAGCCCACGAGAAAACCCAGUCUACUCAUUGGACCCACUUGUGAGAACCUCGGUAGUAUUCGAACUCGCGAUACUAAGGGCUAAGCUUGAGUAUGGCCAACGUUCCGACCGCGUGAGCUAUGAGGCCCCGAUCGGGAACCGUGAGUUCAAUCACCUUUUGAAGUACAGAAUGCAUGCUUAUGCAAAUAACUGAAUAAAUUGAGUAGCACAAGCGCAACAGCAUUUUAAAAAGCGUUCUUUAUAAUCCCCAGAGUAAAUACCUUUCAAGAAUUAGUGUAAUAUGCAGUUUGAAAGCUAGCAAACUGUUUUACAUCUGACUGUACCUUAAGGGCUACUCGUUUAAAUUCACAGACUAGCUGUUAUACUUUGGUGGCAACUUAUAAGUACCCUUUUACAGCACUUUUUGCUAUCCCCUUUUACGGUGCCUCAGCGAACUACGAUUCUACCGGAACUUAGGUCAGUAACGACAGCGGAAACGGUGCCAGUGGUCGCAAACGGAGUACAGCCCCCUACCGACAUCGAUGCCCUCAUAACUUGCGCGGUAGAAAUGGGCUUCAGCCGGUCACGUGCUCAACUUCUUGCCGAAGCUACAUUCCGAAGUGGUAAGUUAUCACUACUUUGUCUCUCCUUAUUCUUAUGGCCGUGCUUUGUCAGUUCCACUGAACCGCUAAUCCAUCUUGUCUAUUUUUAUUGGUGACGUCCGAAUACCCCAGUCUCCUUGUAUCUGCCUCUCACAUUUAGCACGACUCUAUGUCUUAACUUAGAGUAUUUGAGAGCCGUGACGUUGCUUUUCACAAGGAUGGUAAAGGCGGAUCGAGCACUAGGAGGAGAGGUUAUUUGUUCCAUGCUUUCGAACUUUUUUCGAGUCCAUCCGCAGGAAUGGGAGCAAAAAUAACGGGAGACCAGUUUUAUUGUGGAAGUUAGCCAACUAGAUCCCCCUGCUAUCCUGUAAACGGCUAUAUAGACUCUGUUGGCGGCCGCCGAUAAUGCAUUUGGUCGCUGUCCUUCAGUUGGACUGCGUAGAGCUCUGCAAAUCCGAACGCUUAGAAAAUGCUUUUUUUUCGGCCCUCGACUCUACAUGCCUAGGUUCAUUAGACCUUUUUUGGAGAUCGAAUUUCAUCAUAGAUGCAGAAAUUUUCACAGAGCUUACACCUCCUCUCCACAUAUACCUUAUUUUGUUUGCUUUAGUGGAAGAUAAUCACUCAUUUAUUUGGUGAACUAUCAUUCGUUUUUCCCAUCAUAGCCACUUAGGCCGCACUAGGAAGUCUUAAGUAACUGAGUAUUCCAAUAUGCACUGAAUUAACUGAAGUCGGUUAAGUUCAACGGGGCCUUUACGAGCAGAUGUUUAUUUGCCGCUAUGGUUCGUUUUGUAGCGACAAACUUAUAAUUUUACCAUAAUAAAUGAGGCUUUUUGUGCGACAAUAUACCCUGAAAAUGCAACGUAUUUAUAGGAAAGGUUGUACACGCGAGGUGGAUACUGAUGCGCCCACAUUCUAACUCUACCCUUCUUCUCCGGGCAAAGAUAUUUCCGCAAUUAAUGGACUUUGGCGGUGCGGCUUAUGUAGUGGGACUUGGGUCAUCCAUCAUUAAAGUAGCUGGCUCCCGUUCAAGUUCCGGGCUUUUACGCUUCGCACAAUGAAGUAGUCUGCCAUGCGAACGGUCCGAAAUGAUCUUGCUUUGUGCAGUCUACCACUUUGGGUGAACUCUAUCUUCGAUGAGUGUGUUUCCCCUUUUAUGCUCUCCCAAGGUUCCACCGCCGACAACGAAAUUAGCUCUCGCGAUCGGGAAAAGAUUUUCAUCACUCAGUUGGUCAACUUUUCCUCCCUGGUGGACACUGAGGGCGUCAGUGAAGAUUUUGCGAAAACCGCGGUCAUAGUUUCGCCAAACGACUUAGGCAAGGUCAGUGGUGCCUUUCCGUUGAUAACUUGAUUUUAUGCCCCAAAGGAUCCCACAGACUUUCUUUUAUAGCAAAAUGGGUAUGCCAUCUACCAUGCCACAAGCAUGCAUAAGAUAGCCACACUAAGUCUAUUAUGGAGGCCUCGCUUUUCUGCGGGAUCCAGAAAGGGCUUCCAUCUCGAGAGCAGCUAAUUUUGGUCAUCAUUUUACAGUACAUUACCGAACUGAUGUGAUUUUUGCCCGGAAGCGUGUUAUUAUUACGAAACUUGCGUGAAAUGGAGGCUUUUUCCUGUCACCUUGUCCUUUUCCUAGUAUUCAGACUUGCUUGGGCGCUGUUCAUAGCUAGAAUUCUGGUUUUUCCAACCUUUUUUAAAACUUCUGUGGAGUAGGAGCACACGCAGAUCUUCAAAAGAUUCUGUCUUUAGACGGAGAGGCCGUUCGGAUGAGUUCACUUUGUGGGGGUCAUGGAAUGUCAGCAGCCUGAUGUGAUGUGCGUGUAAUAUAUCCGUACAGCCAUCUCGCUCAAUCUCAUUUUUAAGUUCUCAUAAGUAUAGCAGCACCCCAAUGGGAGCGAAAGGGUCAGGCGGCUGCCGCUCAAUGUUUUUUAACCGUCGUUCAGAGAAGAUGCGUUUUAGUGAUCAUGGGCCUCGAAGAUCGUACCUUGAAUUUGUGCCGAUGUGAGUCACACUGUGUUGGCUUCCCGAUCCGCUUCUGCCAUUAUCCGGGUUAUUUAUAGCACCCGACCACCUCUCCAUCCGACUUGACCCAGUCACACCGCCGUGGCAUAUUCGAACUGGUAACAGAAAACGAGUAUCCUUUUAUACAUGCUUUCAUCAGUAUAAUUAUCUUCAUGGGCACAUCCUCGCCGUUCACUUACGGUGUGUCCUCAUUGAUCAUAGUGGACGAACCACCUAAAAGAAGUCAUGUUUGACAGUUUCUCAGCCGACAGGACGAGGGACCAGGUGCUCAACGGCAGAGCGUUGGGUUUACUAACACUCGAUGACCUAAGAACAAAGAUUUGAAUCCCAGGUCCCGCAAACCUGGAGUACGGUGUGGCUGGCUGACGACGGCUAAUGAACCAGAAACGGCCAUCCCAGUCUUUCUUGUUUUUGUCGGUAUUUAUUUUACAUAAUUGCUUAUUGAAAUGUGACCGCCUUCGUGGGCUCUAGAUUUGGCCCCAAGGCGCAACAGGACGAGCCUGUCCCGUAACCUGA